GACACACAAAACUUUAUUCAACAAACUUGAUAGUUUUUCUAACAUUGUUUCGAAAUAAAUUAUAACAUUUCAUAUAAAGACGUUAAAAUAAUUAUUACCAGAAUAAUAUACAUUAUUAUCUUUAAUAAAAAAAAAACACGAAUUUAAAAGCUAUGAAAUAAACAGAAGUUACCUUAUCAACCAGAGUAUAAUUAUCUCAAUGUAUUUUGAAUAAUUUAAGCUAUUGAUAAAUGAAAUGGAUCUAAACUUAUCUCCCAAGGUUUAGUGGUGUAUGUCACUUACAAUAUAUAAAACUAACGCCAGUCCUCCGGCCCGAGCUGUGAUGAUGGUAGCUGAAAUCCUAGGAAUUAAUUACAAUUCAUAUGAAAUAAAUCCAAUAUUAAGGGAGCAGGACACACCUGAGAUGACAAAGAAAAAUCCAAUGCGAACGAUCCCAUACAUAGAUGAUGAUGGUUAUUGUCUUGGCGACAGUCAUGCCAUAAUGUUAUAUUUAUUUGAUCAAUAUGGAAAACCGGAACAUUCGUAUCUCUACCCAACAGAUAAAAGAAAAAGAGCAACAAUACAUCAGAGAUUGUUCUUCGAUUGUGGAGUGUUGUUUCCUCGUCUUAGGUCCGUGAUGGCGCCUACAUAUACUGGGAAACUAACGGAAAUUUCAAAUUCAAUGAAAAAAAAUAUAGAUGACAGCUAUAGGAUGCUGGAAGCUUAUCUAUCUGAUACUUUGUAUUUAGCAGAUAAUGUCAUAACACUGGCGGAUUUGAGUGUUAUUACGACUAUGUCUACACUCCAUGGCAUACAUCCUAUAGACAGUAACAAAUAUCCCAAGUUAAUGAAAUGGUUUUCUAAUAUGUCUGAACAAGAGGUUUGCAAAAAAGUCAACAAACCAGGAGCAGAUGAACAUGUUGCAUCACUUAAAACAUUUAUGGAAAUAAAUAAAUUAAAUCAAAAUAAGAAAUCGAAAUUAUAAUGCAACAAUAUUGAAAGCUAUCAACAUUUAAUUUGUUUAAAAUUAAUGGUCUAGUUAACACUUAUCUACUAUAUUUGAGUAUUGUGGAUAUGGUUUUAAAUACAAACAACAUAUAUCAUUACGAA